AUGGAGGUCUCAAGUCCGUCUGACAGUCUCCAAAAGGGCCCUCACACAUCGUCAAAUCCCCAAUUGCCGCCCAGCCCGCCUGAUUCAACCAAGGUCUCCAGCGCUUCGAGUAGGAGAAACAGUAAUUCGGAGAUUGCCGAGUCACCGUGCCAUGUCGACAGGUCAGGCAACAAGGCAUCACGGUGUUAUCCACUCCCGCCGAGGUGCAAACCCGACAACAAGGUACUCGCGGAGGACCUGAAGACUCCUGACAACCAUGUCGUUCGGGACCCCCGGCUAAUACGACUGACGGGGAUACAUCCAUUCAAUGUCGAGGCGCCUUUGAGCGAGCUUUUCGACGAGGGGUUCUUGACAAGUAAAGAUCUUCACUAUGUCCGGAAUCACGGGCUGGUACCCAAGGUCGAAGACACCGAGAUCAUGGACUGGGAGUACACAAUAGAGGGGGAGGUCGAGAAUCCUAUACGGAUGAAUUUGGAACAGCUCAUCAAGGAUUACGAACAGAUCACCUACCCUGUCACACUCGUUUGCGCGGGCAAUCGGCGGAAAGAGCAGAACGUCGUCAGGAAGACGAAGGGGUUCUCAUGGGGACCAGCAGGCCUGUCGACGGCCCUGUGGACUGGCGUGGUGAUCGGCGAUCUACUGAAAGCAGCGAGGCCCAAGCGAGGAGCGAAGUACGUGUGUUUCGAGGGGGCCGACAGGCUGCCGAACGGGUACUACGGGACGUCUAUCAAGCUGAACUGGGCUAUGGACCCCAACCGGGGAGUCGUUGUUGCCCACAAGAUGAACGGGGAGAUGCUCGCCCCGGAUCACGGCAAGCCUCUACGGAUCAUCAUCCCGGGACAGAUCGGCGGACGCAGUGUGAAAUGGUUGAAGAAGAUCAUUGUCACCAGGGAGCCUAGCGAUAACUGGUACCACAUCUACGAUAACAGGGUGUUACCGACCAUGAUCAGCCCGGAGAUGAGCGCCGACUUGCCAGACACCUGGAAAGACGAACGUCACGCGAUCUACGACCUGAAUACGAACAGCGCGACGUGCUACCCUGCCCAUGAUGAGAAGUUGCCACUGGGUCAAGGGUUAAAGAGCUACAAGGCUCGGGGGUAUGCGUACGCUGGAGGCGGCAGGAGGAUAACGCGGGUGGAGAUCACGCUCAACAAGGGAAAGACUUGGUUACUGGCCAACAUAUCAUACCCAGAAGACGAGUACCGCCUCGCGCCUGAGGGUGAAGAGUUGUUCGGCGGCCGUUUAGACAUGUCUUGGCGAGAGAGCUGUUUCUGCUGGUGCUUUUGGGACCUGGAUAUCCCAGUGUCACAGUUGCAGGAGUCCGAUGACAUAAUGGUUCGGGCCAUGGACGACGCCAUGAUGGUGCAGCCGCGGGAUAUGUACUGGAGUGUUCUGGGCAUGAUGAACAACCCCUGGUUCCGAGUCGUCAUACACAAAGAGGGCCAUACGCUAAGGUUCGAACAUCCAACCCAACCCGCGCUGAUGCCCGGCGGCUGGAUGGAGAGGGUGAAGAAGGCCGGUGGGAACCUUAGCAAUGGCUACUGGGGCGAGAAGCUGUCUGGCGAGGAUGCGGCCACGGUCGAAGAGGAGCCGGCCAAAGAGAUAUGCAUGAUCAAUAAGGAGGUCACUCGAACAAUUACGAUUGACGAGUUCCGGAAUCAUGGCGGAGAGGUCGAGCCUUGGUUCGUGGUCAACGGCGAGGUUUAUGACGGGACGAAGUUCUUGGAGGGGCAUCCUGGUGGUUCAGUGUCGAUAUUUGGUGCUGCCGGACAGGAUGCCAGCGAGGAAUUCCUUGCCAUUCAUAGCGAGAAUGCCAAGGCGAUGAUGGUGGACUAUCACAUCGGCUCCCUCGACGAAGCCUCUCUAGCCCUCCUGACAGACCGGGAAUCCGAGGUACUCGAGGGUGUCGCCGUGAGAGAGAACUUCCUGCAGUCCAAAGUGUGGAGCAAGGCAGUGCUGUCGGGCAAGAAGAAGAUCUCGGCCGACACCAAGAUCUUCACGUUCAACCUCGAGCACGCGGAGCAGCUCGUCGGGCUGCCCAUCGGCCAGCACCUGAUGGUGCGGCUGCGCGACCCGGCGACGCGCGAGGCCAUCAUCCGCUCCUACACGCCCAUCUCGAAGAACACGGAGCGCGGCAAGCUCGACGUGCUGGUCAAGGUGUACCACGACACGCCGGCGCGCAAGGGCGGGCAGAUGACCCAGGCGCUGGAUGCGCUGCCCAUCGGCCACGCCGUCGACUUCAAGGGCCCCAUCGGCAAGUUCGAGUACCUGGGGCGCGGCGCGUGCACGGUGGCGGGCCGGCCGCGGCAGGUGCGCCGUUUUGUGAUGGUGUGCGCGGGGAGCGGCAUCACGCCCAUCUUCCAGGUACUGCGCGCCGUGCUGGCGGACCGCGACGACCCCACGCGCUGCGUCGUGCUCGACGGCAACCGCGUCGAGGAGGACAUUUUGUGUCGCGCCGACCUCGACGCCAUGGUUUACGGCGACGGCAACGAGCACCGUUGUCGUUUGUUGCACACCCUCACGCGCCCCGGGCCGGACUGGACGGGCCUGCGCGGCCGUCUGAGCGCGGAGCUUUUUGAAAAAGAAGUCGGGCGGGGCCCCGCGGGCGACGGUGGGGAGGACCUCGUGCUCAUCUGCGGGCCCGAGGCGCUCGAGAAGAGCGUCCAUGCUAUCUUCACUGGCUUGGGGUGGAAGGAUGACGAUCUUCUGUUCUUCUAG